AGCGACGUGCCGGGCUCCUGAAAGGCAGCUCAACUAAAAAGUGAGCUAGACACACAGUGAGAGACUCGGCAGGGCUGCUGCACAUUCAAAAUAGAGGGGAGAGGGAGGGAUAUAAGAGAGAGAGAGAGAGGGAGAGAGAGAGAGAAGGAGAGUCAGGGACAGGCAGUGCUGAAAAGGAGAGCACAAAGAGAAGGAAAGUGGAGCAGGGGAGGGGAACAGGAGGCUGGGUGAAGGGAGAGGGAAAGACAAAAGAAGGAGAGAGGGGAGACAUAGCAGGGUGAACGGAGGGGACUGAGCAAAUGGCUACGGAGGAGACGGCGGGGGGAGCCAGGAAAGCCACCAAGAGCAAACUGUUUGAGUUCCUGGUCCAUGGAGUGCGUCCUGGUAUGCCGUCUGGAGCGAGGAUGCCCCACCAGGGAGCUCCCAUGGGCCCCCCCGGCCCACCGUACGGAGGGAGCCCGGCGGUGCGGCCCGGCCUGCCCUCCCCGGUGAUGGAGCCCAGUCGUAAGAGGCCCGCCCCCUCCCAGCAGGUCCAGCAGCAGCAGCAGCAGCAGCAACAGCAGCAGCAGCAGCAGCAGGCCGUCCAGAACCGAGCCAGGAAGAAGCCAGUCGGAUUCCCGGGAGCCAAUGAGAUGCCGGCGAGGCAGAUGGACAUGAGAGAGCCCCAAUCAGAUCCCACGCUCGGAUCAAAUGCUAAGAGAAGGAAAAUGGCAGACAAGAUUCUUCCGCAAAGGAUCCGUGAGCUGGUGCCGGAGUCUCAGGCCUACAUGGACCUGCUGGCGUUUGAGCGCAAACUGGACCAGACCAUCAUGCGUAAACGUGUGGACAUCCAAGAAGCACUGAAGAGACCAAUGAAGCAGCAAAAGCGUAAACUGAGGCUUUACAUUUCCAACACCUUCAACCCCGCCAGACCCGACGCCGACGACUCGGACGGCAGCAUUGCAUCAUGGGAGCUGCGAGUGGAGGGCAAGUUGCUGGAUGACCCGGGGAAACAGAAGAAGAAGUUCUCUUCGUUUUUUAAGAGCCUGGUGAUCGAGCUGGACAAAGACCUGUACGGUCCGGACAACCACCUGGUGGAGUGGCACCGUACGCCCACCACCCAGGAGACGGACGGCUUCCAGGUGAAGCGGCCUGGAGACGUGAGCGUUCGCUGCACUCUGCUGCUGAUGCUGGACUACCAGCCUCCCCAGUUUAAGCUGGACCCUCGCCUGGCUCGCCUGCUUGGCAUUCACACUCAGACUCGCUCCUGCAUCAUCCAGGCCCUCUGGCAGUACGUGAAGACCAACAAGCUGCAGGACUCCCAUGAUAAGGAGUACAUCAACUGUGACAAGUACUUCCAGCAGAUUUUUGACUGCCCUCGACUGAAGUUCUCUGAGAUCCCUCAGCGCCUCACCAACCUCCUCCUGCCCCCCGACCCCAUCGUCAUCAACCAUGUCAUCAGCGUGGACCCCAACGACCAGAAGAAGACGGCCUGCUACGACAUCGACGUGGAGGUUGAAGACCCUCUGAAGAGCCAGAUGAGCAGCUUCCUCCUCUCCACGGCCAACCAGCAGGAAAUCGCUUCGCUCGACAACAAGAUCCAUGAGACCAUCGAAUCCAUCAACCAGCUGAAGAUCCAGAGGGACUUCAUGCUCAGCUUCUCCAGAGAUCCCAAGGGCUACAUCCAGGACUGGCUCAAAUCCCAGAGCCGAGACCUCAAGUUAAUGACAGACGUAGUGGGGAACCCUGAAGAGGAGAGGAGGGCAGCGUUCUACCAUGAACCCUGGUCCCAGGAGGCCGUCAGCCGCUAUUUCUACUGCAAGAUCCAGCAGAGAAGACAGGAGCUGGAACAGGCCUUAGCAGUCCGCAACACCUAAAGCAAAGGCCCUCCUGAACAUCUGCAUCCGAUUUCAGAGCCGUGUGUGUGUUUGGAUGUGUGUGAGGCCAUCGCUGAAGUCUGGUGAAACCUUAUACCUCGGAAAAUACAGCAGUGUGAAAAAAGCAAGUACAAGAAGAUGUUUUUGAGAUACUUCUUUGAAACAGCGCCCACAGAUAAAGGUGAUGCACUCAAACAAAUGGCACAUAAAACUGAGAUUUUGUAAUAAUUCUCCUCAUCUGAAUAGUUAAAGAACAAUGGAAAAACUGAGGACACAACAUCAGAUCCAUCAAAUUAGAUUAGAUUCAUUAGAUUCCAUUCUGCUAUUCUCUUAGUUAUUGAGGUGUUAAGAUCUAAACAGCUCUCUAUAAGGCUUGCAGAAAAUGGGUUGUAUGGUAUGUCUCUAAAUUAUUUUAAAUUAGCCGUUCCGCUAUAAGACAAAUCACCGACAGGUGGCGUAGUUUUCAGAAGACUGCCAGUUUGUCGUGGACUCGCCACCUCUGGAGAAACCAUCCUCAGAACAGAAACCCAAAGUUUCAUCACAGGAUCUGCAGGUAAAUCUGCAGCUGUUGGUGUCAAAGUGAUGCGUCCACAAUCAGAGAUUACACAAAUUUGACCUGCAGGGGAGGCAGGCCAUGAAAAAAAAGCUUUUUCUAUCCAAGAGGAACAUUAGAGCAAAAAUAGUUUUCAACAGUGAACAUAGAGGCAAAGAUCAGGCUUUUUGGGAGAAACGUGCACCGGACAGAUGAAUCAAACAUAGAGCUGUUUGAAUACGUUUGGUGCAGACCAAAGACAGAUUUCCAGGAGAAGAACCUCAUGGAAAUGUUAUAGUUUAUCAAUAUGAAGCCUGUAUGAAGCUUUCGACAGUAUAAUGAUCCUCAGCACACGAUAACAGACCCACCAAUACAUGUCUUAAAAAGAAGAAAUGAAGCAGCCAAAUUUAAUCUCACAUUUAAAUCCCAUUGAAAUGCUCUGGAGCGGUUUAAAACAGGCAAGAAACUGAAGGGAUUUUGCACCAAAAUGGCGGACAGUUGAGCAAAACAAGAAGUUAUUUCUGCUAAAGCAGGUGAAACUAGCUUCUGGUGUCACGGGUGUAAAUACUUUUACCAUAGAGAAGUAUUAAUUACAAUAAUUUGGGUGAUUUUCUUUGCAAUUUUGUUCAAGUAUAUCCACGUUUAACUAUAGACGCUGUAUUAAUUGGGUCAAAAAAGCCAACAUUUUCCAUGAGAUGUACUUUUUUCACACUACUCUAUUAACUAGCGGCUAAAGCUAGCAGCUAGCAGCAAAGGUGGAGGUUUCAAUGCACAUAUGCGUCUGUUCGUGUCUGUGGAGACGUUAAAAUCAUGUUUUCAGCCCUCAGAGGUCAAUUCUUCUUUCCGUUUUGUAAAUACAUCACCAGAAAACUCAAUCAAACUCUCAUUUAGCUGCUCUCACACACUCUCAAACACACCGCUGUGUUUUCGGACUCUCAUCUCAAAGCAGACAGAAAUGUCGUUUCUUGUGGCGCUCUGGAUGAGUCUUCACAUUUUCUGUUCUCCAAAUAAGGUUUUGUUAAAAUUAUUUUUUAUUAUCGGGGUACGGGGUUGGGGGUGUGAUUCUAAGUGUGGCUGUGUGCGUUUUUUCAUUUGUUCUCAUUAGGAGAGAGUUUCUGAAAGGUUGAUUAAUUACACCAGCAACGUCGAGAUUACACUGCGACACAUUGGGAGGAUGUCUGUGGACUCCAUUCAACCUCCGGUGUGUUUCAUUCACCAGAAGAAAAAAAAUAACAGUAUUAGUUACCGGGACUUGAAGUAUUAUCAGCUCGGUGUCUGUUCAUAGUGUUUUAAUGAAGGAGAAAACAAGUAUCGAUCAUCACAAAAACAGCUUUUCUUUCAUUAAUCGUCGCAAAACAACCGUGUCGGGCCUUGCCCACUGAUUUUCUUCUGUCAGAGUCACUCACUGCCUCUUUCUCGUGUCGUCUUUUUGCCAGUUUUAUGUCCUGAAGGUGUUACCAAAGGUUGCAACAAAGAAGAAGAGAACAUGAUCACUGAAGCAGAAGUGGGUGAAAAUCCAGACCUGGGUUGAAAUUGCAAAAAUGCCCUUUUGAGAUGCUUUUCUUAACCCCUCAGUUAUUCUAAUGAAGGAUUAAGCCCAAGUCUGCGGGGUUUUUGUCCAUUUCUGCGUUUUUUUAUGUUACACAAAAAAGAAAAAUGAAGUUUUUUUUCUUUUUCUAGAGAUGUGAAUGUAAAUAUGUGUUUUUUUCCCCUUAUGAGGGCCAACUGUACAGUAUACGACAGACUAUCUGUGUGUGUUUGUUUUGGGGGGAUUCGGGGAGGGAGUGCAGUAUGGGAGCUCCAUGAGUUUUGAAUUAGUAGGGCAGGAAUGCUAGUGUUCCUCUGUGUACUAUCUUGGGUUGGGGUGGUUUAUUUUAGGUCCAUCCCAUGUCCAUCGUGGGAGCUGGAAGCUGCAACAAAGAGAGACCUCCCUCCCUUUCAGUCUCAGUAGCUGUAACACAUGAUAUAAUCUGCACCAGUCUCAUUUUACACCUUUUUUUUAAAUGACACUUGACUUGUAUGUAUAUGUUGUUAUGUCAGAUGGAGGACUUUAUUCUCUGCAGUUUCUAGAUGGAACCUUCUCGGGGGUUUCUUUGCACUGUGCUGUAACUCAUUUGUCGGGACUCUCUUUGUCGCGGGUGAGACCCUCUUUAUUAUUCCAGCAUACACGAAAAGUGAUUGGACGUUUUCACGAUGACCUAUGCAUGCUCAAUGGACAUUAAUCAACACAUCCGAUGGGACAGUCUGUGUAAAUAUACAAUGCUGGCAUAGCAGUCUGUGUGGCGGGACUCGUUGCACUUGUCGAAAUGCCUUCUGGAAACUUUUUUGCCAAAAAUGACAUGCCCUACCAGCAACUAACUGUAGGUGUGAUUUUUCUGAACCGUUGUUUUGUUACUAGGACGAAGUUAUAUUAACUGCACUCUGUAGAGGAGAAACAGUAGUCAUAGGUAGUAUCUCGGUCCUGUGUCUGACCUCGGAGUGGUUUUUCUUUGUAUGGCCAGGGCAUUCAGAUUGUCGUCACCGAUUCACUAGCACCCUCUUGUGGAGGAAACUAGAAGCUGCAGCUCGUCGGCUUUGAGCUGCACGACAUCAGAACAACCUGACAAAGUGUUAACAAACUACUGUCUUCUGUUACUAAACCCUGGCGUACUGUUGACAUGUUUGUCCCGAACCCUGCAUGUGUUUCUGAAGAGUGGGAGCUGCUCUUUCUCUCUGUUUACACUGUUGUCAGAGGGUCACCGACAGGAAGAUUACAGCAUGCAUAAUACUGUGUGUCUGUAAAGAGCAAAACUUGUUGGGUGAUUCUACAGAAAAAGGGAAAACAGCUGUGACACUGCGAGACAGCCUGGAUGUAAAUAAAGAAGCGCUUGCCAAAGUUUGUAAAUGCCA